UUCUUUUCCAGUUUGCAGGUGCUGCUUCUAAAGUAAGCUAAAAUGAUUGUGAAAUUCCUUUUCCUUCUGCCUGUGCCAUUUGUGCUCUUGGCUUUCUGCUUUGCCACGGGGAGUGAGCAGGAAGGGACAGCAGCAUUGCAAGCCUCUACCUUUUCCUGCGUGGAACCGGAUCACUUCUAUGACCACAUUGUUUGGACGUGGUUGAAAUCUGUUAAUCAUUUGUUCUGCCCACUGGAUAAUCAGAGCCUGCAACUCCUUCAGUCUGCCUCUGAGUUUGAUGUCCUGUGGAGCAAAGACUGCCACCCGCUUCACUUCGUUCCCUUAGGCCACCUGCAAAGCACAUUGCAGAACACAACUGCAUACCUUACCUUUGAGAAUCCAAAUGCCAGUGAUGCUGGCAACUACACUUGCACACUCUACUUGAAUGGUCAAAGAAACGCCUCCUUUACAGUCCAUCUGGACAUGGCAGAUCUUUGCAGUGUAUUUCCCAGGUUCCUGAGCCCCUCUAGCAAUAAGACUUUAGAGAGAGCCUUGGGGAGUCAGUUAACACUGAACUGCACUGUACAGCUGCCCUUCAGCAAGGACUGUGACUUUGACCUACACUGGAUAAAAGAUAGCCACCGGUUAGACAACAAGACCCAGACUGCUUCUACACAUUGGUUCAAUGACAAUGCAACAGAGAUAUUUAUCUCCAGCACUUUGGAGGUGAAUGUGACUGAUGAAGAAAACUAUGGAGUUUUUGCUUGUAUGCUUAGAAACAAACAGGCAGUUUUCACAUUGCAAAAAUCAGAGACUGCUGAGCACCUGGGUGCUGUCCUUGCUGCUCUUGUCAUUGUGGCAUUGCUUCUGUUCACCAUUGUGAUAUAUGCAAAGUGCCGUCUGAAUGCACUGCUAUGGUAUCGGAACCGUUACGGAGAACUGGAAAUUAAUGAUGGAAAACUCUACGAUGCCUAUGUGUCUUACGCUAACUCAACAGAUGACAGAAAGUUUGUGAACUUUAUAGUGAAACCACACCUGGAGAAUCGCCAUGGCUACAAACUCUUCAUAGAUGAUAAGGACAUUCUGCCCAACUCAGAACCCUCUGCAGAUCUGAUCAUGAAUGUCAGCCGGUGCCGGCGUCUCAUUGUGGUUCUCUCUAAUGCAUACCUGGAACAGGAGUGGUGUAACAAUAAUUUCAGGGAAGGUCUUUGGAGACUGCUGGAACUGUCCCACAGGCCAAUCUUCAUUGCUUUUGAGAGCCAAUAUCGGAAAAUAGCACAUCCAGCCAUUAAUUUGCUGAAACAGCACAAGAGCGCAGUGACCUUGUUGAUGUGGCGUGCCAGUUCUAUGGUGCCUUCAUCUGAUUUCUGGAAGGAACUUUGUCUCAGUCUGCCUCGGAAAGUCUCCUACCAAGGCCUCAGGGGAGACCCCCAAACCUAUCUGCAGGAAGACAAGGACCCUAUGCUGAUCCUCAACAGCAACUACCUGGAUUUCCGGGGUGAUUCCCAUCCAGAAGGAGAUACUGGAGUCCGGGGGCCUAUUUUCAAAGGCUCAUCAGUGCCCCGUAUAAUUGGUCCUGAUGGUCCACCAGUUGGUGCAGUGGAAGAACCACAAUUUGGAGAAAGCCAAAGGAGUGAGAUAGACAUAUCUGAUUUAGGAUCUCGCAACUAUGGAGCAAGGACAGACUUCUACUGCCUCGUAACAGAAGAUGAUAUAUAAGAGAUGAUGGGUUAUUCCUGUGAAGCUCAAACCUUUUCUUAGAAUGAUGUUCCUUGACAAAGACAAUCUUCCCCACUUGUUUCAUUAAUCCAAAACAACAGUAUGGGGUAUUACAAGGCUAUAGCAUGGACAUGAUUCUCUCCAUAUUCAAGACUUCUUUUAUUCUUUUCAUGAGUUACUUAGGUAAAGGGAUGGAGGGAAUCCCAUCAAUAUUUCAGAUGUUACCAUACCAAAGGGAUUAUAAUGAACAUCUCAGUCAGGAAUAAAAUUAAAAAUAACUUCAAUACAAUGAAAAACUGGCAGAAACAAAAUAGUAAUUAGUUAUAAAGUUCUGUAUUUAUGUGUGUAGACAGUGGAUACGUGGGUUGGAAGUAGCACAUUGGAAAAGUCUUCAGAUUACAAUCGCUCAUUAGCUCAUCAUGGAUUAGUAGUGUGGUGUUUCUCCAAAAACAACUAAAUUGAUGAUAGGGUAUAUAACUUGGAACUAUUUUUUAAAAAGUCAUCAGAAGGUGCUCUUCCACUUUAUUAUACAUUAAUCAAAUCAUCCAAUUUGGAUGCUGCACUUUGAGUAGAAGGCUGACUUCUCAGAAUAGGCUCAAGGAGACCAACAAAGAUGGAAAAUAGGUUCUUUGUGGAAUGAUGGGAAGAAGUGUGGGAGUAUUUAGUUUGACAAAAAGAAGACCAAGGGUGGGUACAAUAACGUCAGUACUUGAAAAGCUCUCAUGCAGAAGGGGGCAAAGACUUCCCCUGCCUCAUAAAGCAGGACUAAGUUUAAUGGGAUUAUGUAAUAGAAAGGUAAAUUACUUUUGAAGCUGAGGAAGAAUGUCGUGCUGGUAAAGAAGAUGCUUAGGGACAGUAUCUGUUAAUUGAGGGCGUAGUUCAUCCUCAAAGGAGAACUUAGCUAUCUACCUGUCUUUUUUGGAGGUGGCUUCAAUUUUCCUUUAUUAUCUAAGUGGCCUUCUAUCCUUCAGCCAUCUCAUCCUGAUUCUGUACUACUUCAACACUGUGAUUGCUUCAGGGUGUUUCUGCCAAUGAUUCAAGAGCAUCUGGCUACUUUGUAGAUACUAGUGCCUUAUGGUCUCCAGUGAUGUUCUUGAGUUAGACUCCCAUGCUGGUUUCUAGCAAACUAAUAAGUUUGGUGGGCUUCUUAGCUAUUGUUAGCAUUUCUGGGUAGGCUCCAUCAUUUAAGAAACAGGUGGUGAGUAUUCAGGUGAACAGAACCAUAAAAGGACAUUAUUCCUGGGAAAAUGAUAUUAAGUAGCACCAGUGUAAUGGCGGUAACAUUUUAAAUAGAACUUGCCUGGAAUGGCAGUUCAGUUUCCAAAUUAAAAGGAGUUCUGAAAGCCAGCUCCUACCGGGAAAGGCAAGAAGAGUUUCAUGUUACCUGACUGUCACAUUUCCUUUGAAAUAAGUACUAGCAUGUCUACACAGACUUGUUUCCAUGUAAGUACAUUUGAAAGUUCAGCUUUAGCUUGCACUUUUACCACUGGAUUGGUAUCUAAGAUGAAAAGAGUGUGCUUAUAAUAGAAUGUUUUGUUUUGUAUUCAAAGUUCUAUAUGUACGUGGCACUUUAAAGGAAAAGGGAUGACAGGAUACAACCCCAAAGGGCUUAGCGGAGACACAGCAAAACAAAAGAAGAUGGGGAGGGAGGCAUGGGUGGAUAGAGAGAAAAAUGUGUUUAUCUCAAUUAAGCUUUAUUUGGCCUAGUUACAAAAUAGUAAUAGAUACUUCUGAGGGCAUGUGUUUAAAUGGUCAAGAAAGGAAAAGGCUGUAUUAUUUUGGUGGGUGUGCAUCAAUUCCAAAGGGAUAAGGAAAAGGAAA